CCGCGCGGCACGGGCGCCGUUCCCCUAGCCUGCCCGCUCCCUGCAUAUGCGGACGUGCCGACGUGCGGACGUGCGUGCGUGCGCUGUGUGGGUGAGGUGAGGCCACCAUUUCCCUCGCGAAUCCUCCCGCAGCAUCCAUCAUCGACGCGACGCGACGACCAUGUUUGGCUUUGGUGGAAGCAGCACUCUUCUUGCCGGUAGGCACGACUCGGCCCAAGAACGCGCGCCGCCGGACUUGCCUACGCCCAUCGCCUUCCCCCAUUUCAAGCCGCCGCACCAAGACCCCCAGUGCUGGUCCGACACUGCCCGCCCGUCGGCUUUGUUCCAGCGCUUUGCGCGUGUCAAGAAGCCCUCAGACAUCUCACUCGACCACUUUGCUGCACUGAACAUCGCGUUUGAGCCAGAAUGCGGCUUUGACGAGAUCUUGUCUGCUCUUCCCGAUGGUCCCUCGUUCUUACCUCCCAAGUCAUGGCUUGAAGAUCCUGCUACCGACGCUCCCGAGCCGUAUGCGGCCGCCAAGUAUGCUUUGAGCAGCGGUAGGCCGUAUCCUGGCCGCGAUGAUUUCGUGCUCCGUUUGAAGGAAGUCACUAUAGAUAAUCAUGAUGCCUUCAGUGCUCUCACGCGUACUCCACCCCCUGGAAAGAAGCCACCUCGCCUUGCUCACUUCAGACGUUUCUUCGAGGGCUUGGACAACAUGGCCUACUACUGGGAUUCCAGUCUGGAUGAAUACAUACCGCCAAACCCAGAAGGCCAGCAAACCGGCUCCAACGGAGGUACGGUCGGUCCCGAGGCGGCUAGCAAACAGAAGCUAGAAGACGGAGAAGCUGAGACUGUCAAGUUGGAAUCCACGCAUAUCGACGAGUCCGAGCCGCGCAAGAAGGCCAAGACGGGACCAUUCGGUGGUGAAGAUGCACAGGCCCCAGGCCAGUCCGUAAAGUUGGCCCAACGUCCAGCGAGCACACCAGCCACAGACACCAGCUCACAGGCUCCGACCGGCACCUACAAAGGACUCCGCAUCGGUUCCGGUCGAGGCAUGCCCGAUAGCUACCGCACUGAUACUAUCCGCUCCUUUGUUGAGCCCAUCGCCUGGUCCUUCAAUCUCACUCUAGCGCCACAUCGCCGGCCACCUGCUCUGCAGGUAGAGAACUUACGUAUGCCUGUUCGCGUCAGUGUCGGGCUAUGGAAGCCUAGCACAGAUCGGACAAAGGCGCGGCAAGGCUGGUUGACAGGACCAGUCGCUGGCAUAAGGUCGGGGGAUUAUGUUGAUUUUGGAAAGAGUGACGGAACUGACCAGCGUGGACAGCAAGAGGCUUUGUUGGACGUGAUGCGUGAGAUUGGCUCGUUGCUCAGCAUAGCUCAAGAGCGGGCUCGCGAAGGCCGUAAAGAGCGAAAACCCGGUGAGGGGUGUUGGUGGACCACCGUACCCCGUUGGGGUGGCGGCAGUGGUGGUGAGGUUGGAGAGGGCCGUGGUGAUAGCGACGGGCCCGCUCCUAAGUCCAAAGAUGCCGAAAAAGAAGGCGAAAAGCCAAGGAGUUCUUCAAGCAGGCGAGUUGCAAGUAGGAAAAAGUCUGCUGCAGAAGCCUGGGCCGAGUUGAAGCCUGGCGCUGGCUUCUGGGAUCCUAAGGUUGACUACGAAGCCACGGGAAAAAACAAGCAAUCCGAGUGGGACGAUGUGUUCGUUUUCUCAUCCCUGAAUACCCAUGUUUCGCUUUUGCAUCUGCAUGUGCACCCGGCCUACAUUUCUUGGCUUGAAACCGGAAGUUUGCCUUCCCCCCAACCUGCAGACCCCUCUUGGUGUCGACCAGUGCUCCGUCGCACGCGUUGGUAUGAUUUUUUCAACGUAGAUGACCGUGUCGAGGCCAUGCGAGGUAGCUGGGGAGUUCUCGGGUAUUUGGCAAGAAGACAGGAAAACGUCGGUGAAGACGGACCGGAUGUUGCCAUGGGCAACGCUUAA